UGCGCAUGUCUCCAUUCAGCGGUGACGCCACAUUCUCGCGAGAUGAGAUUUAUGACGUCGGGAUUAGAGUCCAGGCCGGAGCCGAGAAGCUGGAUGUUAAUGGCGUUGUGGGACGUUUGGCGGCUGCGUUAAGAAAAGCGGGACUGCAUACACCAUAGGAGUUCUCGGUUUCUGCUCCCAAGAAGAUUCCUCAAAAGUUCCUUUCAGGCUAACAAAAUUCUAUAUUUAUAGUUCGGGACUUGAUAUUUGUGCCAUUUGGCAUUUUAAAAAUCAAGGAAAAAAAUAGUGCUACAAUGUCAAAGUCUUUUCAACAGUCAUCCUUAAGCAGAGACUUGCAAGCCCGUCAUAGGAGUGAUACUACAGGAACAGGUCUUCUUACUGCUAAUCAGUCAUUAUCUAUUCCAUCUUCUCUUGGAAGAAUGAACCAAGGGACUAGCCGUAUUGCUAGUUUGAUGAGCUGUGGAACAAUUUCUAAAUUAAAUCAGCCGGGAUCUCAUAUAUCUAGUUCCUCUUCUCACAGCUUGCCGUCUGUUUUUAGUAUUGGUACCAGAGCUACUCCUCUAUCUUCUUCACUUCGAGGAGAUUCUGAUCCGGCCACUAAAAUUUUGGCCAGCUUUGGUCUUUCCUCAAGGGAUUUGGAUGAGUUAAGCCGUUAUCCUGAGGAAAAGAUAACUCCGGAAAACUUGCCACAAAUUCUUUCGCAGCUUAAGAGGAGAAGAUCAGAAGACAUUCCAUUGUUGAAUUACAGAGAAGGUAGAGCAGCUCGGGAGCAGUUAAGGGUUUCUAGUGAUGAAUGGGGGGAUGAAAGAACCUACAGGAGAGGACGUUUUGAUGAUCGGCUUUCAAGCCUUAACUCGGUGGUUGACUAUGAGCAUGGGAGUCACGCACAAGAUCGAAUGGAAUUUGAAAGUGAUAGACUAAGAGAACAUGAAAGGGUUAGUGAAGAAAAUCUCUUUCGUGAUGCCCCAUAUCAAAAAUUUGAAGAUGAUUAUGAGAGAUUGAGGUACGGCAGACCCCAAGAAAGAGCAGUCUAUGAAAACAACCGAGGUUAUCCCUCAAGUAGCAAUGUUGAGGAUUUCCAUGGAUUGUUACCACAAAAUUACCCACAUGUCUGUUCUAUAUGCGAUAUGCCUGUUCAUUCGAAGCAGGACUGGACUCAACAUAUCAGUGGACCAACUCACAGAAGACGUAGCCAGCUUUUACUUGAAAUCUAUCCUGACUGGAAUCCCGAUUCAAGACAUGGAGUGGGUGACCCAUAUGUGCUGCAUCAGUCUACUAACCCAGCACCAGGAAUUUUGGGACCUCCACCUCCAGGCUUACAUAUGGGAGGUGGCCAAGAUGGAGGUCACAGAGGGCACCUAGAUCUGGGAAAUGAAGAUAUAACAGGAGCAAGAAACACCCAGAGGGGAAGACAGGCUAACAGUAGAGUUGUUCAUGUUAUGGAUUUCCAAAGGGGGCCUCGCUUAAGACAGCAGCUCCUGCAGCUCGCAGAACCAUUUGGAGAAAUUACAAACUAUUUAAUUUUAAAAAAAAUAAAUGAGGCAUUUAUUGAAAUGUCUACAUCUGAUGAGGCUGUAGCUGCAGUAGAUUACUACAGAACAAACACGGCUCUUGUAUUUGGACAACCAGUUGUAGUUCAUUUGUCUCAGAAGUAUAAGAGAAUUAAGAAACCAGAAGCCAGGCCUGAACCAAAACCUGUUGUGAAACCAGAUGUUGGGAAUGUGGUUUAUCUGAGUAACUUGCCGCAUUCUGGCUAUUCUGACAGUGCCGUAAUAAAACUUGCUGAGGCAUAUGGAAAAGUAAAAACCUACAUAUUGAUGCGAAAGAAAAACCAGGCAUUUAUUGAAAUGGAGAAGAAGGAAGACGUGCAGACAAUGAUUGAGCAGUGUCAAAAAAAUCCACUCUGGUUUCAGGGGAAGCAUGUGAAUGUAGACCUGUCUGGAAAAUACAAAACACUUGUUCUGCGGAUCCCAAACAAGUCUGAUCAGUUUCAAAAAGAAAAAAGCAGGAAAAGGACACAUUCUCCUGAACAGAAAGAAGGUUCUACAAACAAGAAAGUGGCGAAGAAAGAAAGCAGUGUGAAAACUGGAAGCAGCAAUUCAGAAAGUAAGGUCUCUUCUGCCAAAGACAAAUCUUCCUCUGAGAGAGAUUCUGAGGAAUUCAGUAAAAAACCAGAGGAAGAGACAGAGCAGCAAGAACUAGUUACUGUUAUGGAUGAAAGUGAUUAUUUAGUGGAUGAGGAUGGGGAGGAAGCAGCAGGCACACUUCUGGAGACCAGUAGCUCCGUUGGAGAUGAGCUUGAGCAGCAUUAUAGUAGUGACCCCAAUAUGAAAGAGAUGGAAGUAGAAAACAAAAUGGUGAAAGAUCCUGCCAGUGUCCCCAGUUCUACUGAAGCAGCACAUGAAAAUCCAAAAAGGAGUUUGCUUGACUUCCCUGGCAACAUGGAAGACUUUGUCACUCUUGAUGAAGUUGGAGAUGAGGAAGACUUGGAAGGCCAAAAGAUAAAAUCUAGUUUUGCAGAAAACGUUCCUGAUUCCGCACCCGAGAUGAAUGAAAGCUUAACAGACAUUGUUAUGGCGAGCACAAGUGUCGAUGAGCCCGAACCUGAGCCUGAUAAUGAGGCCGCCAUUGUGAAGGAGCAGGAAAUUAUUAAAGAUCCAGUGGAAAUGCCAGGCAACUUGGAAAGCCAUCAAAGUGAACAUUCUGUUGAACAGAGUAACGCAAAAGAUUUACUUAAGGAUUAUACCAUUGGCCCUUAUCAACCAGAUAAUCCAGUUGGUACCGACUAUGUUGUUCCAAAGACUGGCUAUUAUUGCAAGCUGUGUUCAUUAUUCUACACCAAUGAAGAGGUCGCUAAAGUGGCGCAUUGCAGCAGUUUGCCACAUUAUCAGAAACUUAAGAAACUCAUGAACAAAAUGGCAAAAAAUCUUCAGAAGAAAGACUAACCGAGAAGCAGCAAGAAUGGAACAUUUGGAGUUUUGUUUUUUACAUUUUUUUAUAUAAAUAAUUGUGUGCGCACUUUUUCUUUUAAUUCAACAUCAAAUGUACAUUUGGGUUCCUAAAGUUACAGGAAGCAUUUUAGUCCAAGAAAAUGUAUGUGGUACGUGUUUUAUUGCCGGUGAACAUUUCUUGCAUUUCUCAAAUGUAUCAAUAAAUACUGUCGUCAUCUA